UUCCUCUUCCGGUCUGGAGGCUGCUGAAACCGAAAGUGCUGUGCUUUGGGCGCAGUGCCGAGAUUGAUUCACCUUCACCUGUGCGGAGCCCCAACUGACCCCAAUAGGAAGGCGGGUGACCAGUAAAACAUGAACGGAGGAGUGGAUUAUAUGGUCGCUGAGGAAGAGAUCAAUCUUACCAGAGGACCCUCGGGGCUGGGCUUCAACAUCGUCGGUGGGACAGAUCAACAGUAUGUCUCCAAUGACAGUGGCAUCUACGUCAGCCGCAUCAAAGAGAAUGGGGCUGCGGCCCUGGAUGGGCGGCUCCAGGAGGGUGAUAAGAUCCUCUCGUUACAGGUGCAGAAUGGACCUAUAGGACAUCGAGGUGAAGGGGACCCGAGUGGUAUUCCCAUAUUUAUGGUGCUGGUGCCAGUGUUUGCCCUCACCAUGGUAGCAGCCUGGGCCUUCAUGAAAUACCGAGUGAAGGACGUAUUCGUUUUGGCUAGAGUUUGGGCCGCUGAGAUUUGGGAGUCAGCGCCGGGCCUGAUUGGAGAUCUAAGUGGGUCGAAGGAUUUCGUCAUGUUUGCACCCGAGGUGAUGCGUGCCUUGCGCAAGAACAAGACCCUUCGCUACGGAGUCCCCAUGUUGUUACUGGUUGUUGGAGGUUCUUUUGGUCUUCGUGAGUUUUCACAAAUCCGAUAUGAUGCUGUGAAGAUUAAGAUUGAUCCUGAAUUGGAAAAAAAACUGAAAGAAAAUAAAGUAUCUUUAGAGUCAGAGUAUGAGAAAAUAAAGGACUCCACUUUUGAUGAUUGGAAGAAUAUUCGAGGACCCAGGCAUUGGGAAGAUACUGACCUCCUCCAAGGACGAAAUCCAGAAAUCCUUCAGACUAAGACAACUUGACUAUGCUGAUUCUUUUUUUUUUUUUUUAAAUAAAAAUACCAUAAACUG